AUGUCUUCCCUGAAACAGCUGGAUAUAGGAUUAUUUCCUGAGUUUGAUCUGGCGGGAGAUCCUUCCAGUGUUGGUCCCAGAUGGCAAAAGUAUUUGAAAGCCUUCAGGCGGUACGCUAAUGCAAAAGGUAUCACUGAUGACGGUCAGAAAAGAGACUUAUUGUUGAAAUGUGGCGAUCGAAGGUUACAAGAUUUAUAUGACACCCUACACCCAGAAGACUCCGAGGAGGAAGAAGAAGGGGAUGGAGAGACAACUGUCAACCAAUCUGCUGGUGAAACAGGAGAUGGUGGAGGUGAAGGAGCAGCGCCGGUAGUGGUGAGAAACAGGUUUAAAGAGACCGUUGAAAUAUUGUCAAAGCAUCUUGUGGUGCAAGUUAACGUGCCGUUCGAGAGACAUAUGUUUAAGAGGCUACUGCCAGAGGCAAAUGAGCCUAUAAGCCGCUACAUCACACGGUUGAGAGAGAGGGCUGCCAACUGCGAAUUUAUAGAUGAGGAUGACCAAAUCAGGGACCAUAUUAUCCAUACAUAUGGGUCCACAAGUCUGCGUAGGAAACUCCUACAAACGGGAAAACAGCUGACAUUGGCAAAAUUGCAGGAGAUUGCUUGUGCCUAUGAAGCUGUGGAGACUCAGUUGGAAGAAAUGCGACCAAAUGAGACUGUCCAUAGAGUAACGGGUAAACCGCAAAGGGAUAAACCGAUUAAAGGUGACAAGGACCGGGUGUAUCGGAAGACACUGCGACCAUCCCAAGGUGUGUGUUAUAGAUGUGGACAAAGUGGACAUUACGGCAAAGAUGUAACUUGCCCGGCUAAAGGCAAACAAUGUCGUAAAUGUUCGAACUAUGGCCAUUAUGCAAAAAUGUGUAAAUCUAGUGACAGGACGUCGGACUCCUGGAAGCCGAAGAGAGGUAAAGUCCAGUUGGGAGGGGUACCAGUGAAAAUGGUUAUUGACUCUGGUGCCAGUGCAAACAUCAUCUGCCAGUCUUUGUGGGAGCAGCUGAAAGAAAAGCGGAUCAAGUGUGCGUCACAGAAAUGUACGAAACAACUCUUCGCAUAUGGAUCUAAAGUUCCAUUACCUGUAAUUGGUACAUUUCAGUGCACAGCAGUAGUGCAAAAUACACAGGUGAAUGCAGAGAUCAUGGUUGUGAAAGGAAGUGGACAGCCAUUACUAGGGAAGAAAACUGCAAAGCAACUCGGUGUGCUGAAAGUGGGACUGAAUAUAAACACAAUAGCAAGUGACAGCAUUGAGAAGGAAUUUGAAAAAUGCUGUACAGGGGUUGGUAAGCUAACAGAUUACCAAAUACAACUACAUAUCGAUGAGUCGGUACAACCAGUGGCUCAACCUGUCAGGAGAGCUCCAUUUGCGCUCCGUGACAAAAUCGACCAGAAACUGGAAGAACUGCUUAACAUGGAUAUCAUCGAGCGUGUAGAAGGGCCGACGCGCUGGGUAAGCCCAUUGGUGGUAGUACCGAAGCCGAACGGGGACAUUCGAGUGUGUGUCGACAUGAGGCAAGCAAAUAAAGCGAUCAUCCGUGAGCGCCACUACAUACCAACCGUGGAUGAGGUGCUACAUGAGAUGAACAACAGCAAGGUAUUCAGCAAACUCGACGUAAAAUGGGGAUAUCACCAAGUGGAGUUGAACCCGGAAUCACGUGACAUAACAACGUUCGUAACGCAUGCUGGAUUAUUCCGGUACAAAAGGUUCAUGUUCGGGAUAUCGGCAGCACCGGAGAAAUAUCAGCAUGUCUUAGAACAGGUUCUGGCCGGAUGCGGGGCCAGUAAGACGACGACAUUAUCGUUCAUGGAGAUACACAAGAACAUGAUAAAUGCAUGCUGA